GAACCUGCAACCUUCCAGCUUCUAGCAUAGUGCCUCAACCAACUAUGCUACCACAUGCCCCCCAUCCGUCUAGAUAUCCAGCUAUUUAUCCAACCCUCCACCUCUAUCCACUGGGUCUAUCUGCGCAUCUAUCCAUCAUUAUAUAUUUAAAAUAACGUUUAUCCCUCCACCUACCAAUCUGUCAGUCCAUCACAUCUAAUCUAAUGGAAUCUAAUAUCUCUGCAGUGAACUGUCCAAUUCUCUUCUGGCAUGAACAUCAUAAGGGCCAUAGUUUCUAAGUUUACUCUACCAUUCUUUGGAUCAAGAGGGAACAAUGUAAGUAAUAUGAAUUUCUUUUCAUAACAAUUUAUCUGUCAUGUCCUCACCAGUACAAAUAUGUCAAAGAAAUCAACAAAUCAGUAUAUAUUUCUCAAAUUACAAGUGAUAAAACGUGCAAGUAUCUUCAAGUAUUUCAAGCAACUGUUUUAAAUUGGAUGCAAGUAUAUGGGAUAUAAAAGAUACACCUGGUAGAUACAUAUAAAUGUAGCAAAUUUUAUGAAAUUCAGGACAGCCAGAGAGGAGGAAUUGCAUGAAUAUAAUCACAUGGGCAGAUAAAAAAGAAUUACCUCUACCCUGUUAGCCAUUAUUCCUCUCUUAGAGAAUAAAAUAUGCAUAUCUGAUCUGCAUGUUCCCCUCUCAACAUUUGAUCGAUAUUUAUGGAAUUUGGUGUGAACAUUGUGCCAUUCAAGGCUGCACCAACCUUCUAAUUUCUAAUAUUGUGUAAUCAGUAAUAACAAGGCAGAUGACACAACAUAUGGUGUAGAAGAAAACAAUAGUGCCAAUUAAUGUGCGGAAAAUCCUGAUAUAAUUGAUGCUACAGAUCUUAGGAAAGUAUAUGAUUUUUAUUAUGACCUUCUAUUUGUGAAAAGGUAAACAGCAAGCAGACAAUGAAGAUUUCAGAUUAAAUUUAUCCAGUAGAUGCAAAAACUGCAAAAUUACCUCGAGAAUAUAUCUAAAUAAUAAAUAGUUAUGAGAGAAAAAAAUGGCAUUUAAAAGAUACAAUUUAAGUUUUCCUACUUACAAAUUUAACAUAUACCAAGAACUUAUUCUUCAAAUGUAUGUACAUUUCUUCCGAAUUAUGGGUCUCCUACUUUGGAAUAUUUUCCAUAAAUUGUUUGACUAGUUUUAAUUUAUGCACUACGGUUUGUUUUAGGAAACAGGACCUAGCAUGCACACAUGGUGCACAUAUUACUUGGCAGCACAAGAGAAGUUCAGUAUUUUAAUUAAAGAGGAACAAUAUUGAAAAUAUUAAUUCAAAAGCAGUUUCUACCAGUACACCAUACUGUCAUAAGUUUAUAGUCAAUGCCAGGUAGCAGCUGCUAACAAUGGAGAUUCCUUACGGCCAACCACAAACUGCCACUGUUCAUUUGCAACUCAUGAGAUAACUGCCAACUCUGACCCCUGGUUACUGACUCUUGGCUGAUGUCCUUGAACAGACUGCAUGGAAGACACUGCUUCCAAGAAUUCCUAUACUGUUGAGUGACGUGUUAAGUGGGCUGUCGCACAGCAAUGGCCCAGAUUCUAGACGUGGAAUUCAACACUGUUAUGUCUCUGAGACUGAAAAAACUAAAGGCAGGCCACAUCAUGAAUAAGGAAGAGGGUAAUAAACUCAUAAGUGACAUAAAUGCUAUUAGCAGGAAACUGGGAAAGCUGGAGGACGAUAUCAAGAAGAAACAAGAGGCUUAUGACAUCGAAAUCGAAGAAGCGAUGUGUAUCCUACAGAGGCUGGGGGAGCUGGAGGACCAUAUUGCGAUGGAAGAAGAUAUGAAACUGAAUCCUGGUGUGUGUAGGCGUCUGGACUAUCUGGAGGAGGACCAGGUUGAGAAGAAAGGAGGAGGUAGGAAAUUGAAUCCUGGUGUGCGUAGGCGUCUGGACUUUCUGGAGGAGGACCAGGUUGAAAAGGAAGAAGACAGUAAUGAAUCCAUAAGGGUCACCAUAAAUACUUUGUCCGAGAGACUGAGAAUGCUGGAGGACCGUAUUGAGAAGGAUGAAGAAGAUAGAAGAAUCAUAAGGAAAGUGAUAAAUACUAUGUUUGAGAGAUUGACAAACCUGUUGGAGCAUAGUGAGGCGGUGUCAAAAUCCAUGGACAAUUUGUGGAACAUGAUACUGGAGGCCAACAAUGGUAAUCAUGAAACCAGAUCGAUGUCAAUAAAUGCAUUUGGAGCAGCAGAUAUUAAAUUCCAGGACUUGUCAUACAAGAUACGCAACAUGGAAGAGCGCAUAUCAGCCUUAAAGCAACUUCAAACAAUGCCAAAACCGAUGCCAUUUCACCGAGUGCCAGCCAUUAUCCCACUUCAACAAAUGGCAACCCCACUCCAGUUUCAACUGCCAGGAACAUCAGAUGCUAAGGAUGCUCCUGCUUCAACAAAUGCUGGCCAUAGUACCACUGUAACAGAUGCCAGCCAUGGUCCCACUUCAACAGAUGCCAGCCAUGGUCCUACUUCAACAGAUACCAACCAUGGUCCCACUUCAACAGAAGCCAGCCAUGGUUCCACUUCAACAAAUGCCACAAACAAUCCUGCUUCAACAAAUGCCAGUCAUGAUCUCAGAUCAACCAGUAACCUUUAUGCAAACAAGAAAAAUAUGAGGGCUGAAGGCCAGAAUAGUGGAGCCAGAAGAGACCAUUGCUAGGCAACAGCAUGGUAAACACCUCUGUGGCAAUGAAUGCACAUGCAACAUUAGAGGAACUGCUGGGACAUUGGUAGGCAGUGCAGUGUUUUCUGUGCCAAGGCUAUAACUGGGAUAACUCCAGUCAUAAGACAGUAAUAUGAGUCCCAUGGGACUUGCUACCAAGCCACAACUAGCAACGACUAUAACAGCCUGAGACUUAGUGUGUGCUAUAAUGAUUUGUAAAGUAUGUAGAUUAGCAGUUGUGUUGUAAUCCUGU